AUGGGAAACUACUCUGGCGGCGAGGUUAUCGGUGUGGGCGGUGUAACGAGUGUCAUGGACAUCAAGUGGGAUAUGGUCCAGGAUGCCAAUCUAGAGAAGCUCGAGCAUAUCACCGUGCGUGUUUGGAUUGACCAUACGCGGAGAGGCGACGUGCGGGUUGAAUUGAGAAGUCCGAACGGUGUCACUAGUGUUUUGGCAGAACCAAGACACGGAGAUAGAGCAACUACAGGCUUCCCUGGCUGGACAUUCAUGAGCGUAAAACAUUGGGGCGAGGAUCCAGUGGGACAGUGGAUGAUAACUGUUUCUGACUUGGCCAACCCUGAACACAAUGGCACGUUUCUCGGUUGGGACAUGGUGUUCUGGGGGUCCACCAUCGACGAGAAAAAAGCAGUGCUCUACGAGCUCGUUGAUCUUGAGCCGCUCCUACCACCACAUAACGAGCCUGUGCCGGUUCGCCCAAGCAAACCCUCAGCCACCAAAUCCUUCAUCAAACCCUCCAUUUAUCUUACCCAUUCCGAAACUACCUCCAUCAAAUCCACGCUCACACCGACGCCUUCCCAUUCACCCGCUGUGGAUGCAGAUGUCCUCGAAGACACUACCAAACUACAGACUAUCCCCAGUGCUCCAUCACCCAGCUCUAGCGACGAGGCCGCUUCCUCGCAGCUUGCUCGCAUAAUCGAAUCACUCAAAACCAGGCUUGCGCUGAGCAUAUUCGCCCUCUUCGUGCUCAGCUUCACCUCUGGAGUACUCAUGUGGCGUUACUGCUAUCGCCAUACCAUCGACGAGUCCCAGGAGCAAUACAUCUCACUUCCAUUGGACGGAUCAACCCCGGCUGAUGCCCCGAUGUCAAUGGUCUCCGACCGAACUCGGCCCGUUGUUGCCGUAGAUGAUUCAGACGACGAAGCCGAUGAACGAACGGGGCUGAAUAGCGGGCCUUAUCAACAGUCCGUAGGGUUCCAUUCUGGGUUCUUAGAUGAUGACGAAGAGCAUGAGUACCCACCGCGAGCGACUUCUCCCACCUAUAGGGACGACGAUGAGAGGCCAUGA